GAUCCGUUUGGGAGCUUCUACAGACGAGAAAAGAAGAAGAGCGCGGGCGAGGCCGAAUUCCAUCGACUGCUCGAAGAAUCACGACACACGAGAAGUGAAGAGAGACGGGCGACAGGAACGACACUAAGAAGACGAGGAAGAGAGGAGCCUGUUGGGCUUCGGUUCGUGCGCUAGUCGAGGGUCCAUGGUGGCGUCGGUGGCAGAGGAACCGCGACACGCCCCUGAUCGCCGCGCGGAGCAGGCCAAGACCCUGGUCGGCGCCCUCAACCUCCUCUCGCGCAAUCUCCCCCUCCCUCCCGAUGUCUUCCGCGCCGUCUCCUCCAUCUACCACGGCGAUGAGCCGUCGGAGCUGCAGGAGAUGGUGGAGGGCGGUGGUGCCCCAGCCUCCGCUGAAUCGAUUGCGAUUAAUGGAGUGCCAGGCGAAGGUAGUUUGAUAGUAGCGCUAGAGGAUGUCUUGUUAAAUCAGCAAUCGACUCGCAUGUGUAGUUCGGCGCUGAGAGAAUCAAAAGAACGUCAUUUCAACAGUCUCAUUCAGCAUCGUCUUGCAGAACUUGAGGUAUUACCAUCGAGUAGGGGUGAAGAUUUGCAAAUGAAGUGCUUGCUUGAGCUGUAUGGCAUAAAGCUUGUAGACUUGCAGAGGAAGGUGCGGUCUCAGGUGAGUGCAGAAUAUUGGUUGCACAAAAAAUGUGCACAUCCUGGAAAGACAUUGUUUGACUGGGGAAUGAUGAGAUUGACAUAUCCAUUUAACAUGUAUGGAACUGGAGAUAGUUUUGCAAUGGAGGCCGAUAAUCGUCGUCGGAAGAAAAGAUAUGUAGAGAGGCUGUCAAAAUUAGAAGAGGAUGAAAAGAACCAGGCAGAUAUUGGCAAGAGGAAAUUUUUUGCUGACGUUCUUAAUGCUGCCCGUGAGUUUCAGUUACAAACACAAGCUGUUUUGAAGAGACGGAAACAGCGGAAUGAUGGGGUUCAGGCAUGGCAUGCACGGCAAAGGCAACGUGCUACACGUGCUGAGAAGUUGAGGUUCCAAGCAUUAAAAGCAGAUGACCAAGAAGCUUACAUGCGGAUGGUAGAAGAAAGCAAGAAUGAACGCUUGACAAUGCUUCUUGGAAAAACAAAUGAACUUCUUGUUUGUCUUGGAGCUGCUGUACAACGGCAAAAGGACGCAGAACAUACUGAUGGGGUUGAAGCUGUGAAAGACUCGGGUACCAAUAGUCUUCCACACAUCUCUAUCUCUAAGAAUGAAACCCCUGAGGGAUUCUCUCUAGGCAACGGUGAUGAUGCUGUUGAUGUGAAGUCUAAUCAGAACAUAAAAGCCACUGAUUUGCUUGAAGGACAACGUCAGUAUGACUCUGCUGUUCAUUCAAUUCAGGAAAAGGUAACAGAGCAGCCAUCGAUGCUUCAAGGUGGGGAACUAAGACCUUACCAAUUAGAAGGACUACAGUGGAUGCUUUCCUUAUUUAACAACAAUCUAAAUGGUAUUCUGGCUGAUGAGAUGGGUCUAGGAAAGACAAUCCAGACCAUUGCACUAAUUGCAUAUUUAAUGGAAAAUAAGUGUGUUACUGGACCCCACUUGAUUGUAGCUCCAAAGGCUGUGUUGCCAAAUUGGAUUAAUGAAUUUUCAACUUGGGCACCAAGUAUCGUGGCUGUUCUAUAUGAUGGGCGCCUUAAUGAGAGGAAGGCGAUGAGGGAAGAGUAUUCCGGACAAGGCAAAUUUAAUGUGAUGAUCACACACUAUGAUCUGAUAAUGAGAGACAAAGCUUUUCUAAAGAAAAUACACUGGUAUUACAUGAUUGUUGAUGAAGGACAUCGCCUGAAAAACCAUGAGUGUGUUCUUGCCAAGACACUCAUCUCAGGCUAUCAUAUACGUCGCAGACUACUUUUGACUGGUACUCCGAUACAGAAUAGUUUGCAGGAGCUGUGGGCAUUACUUAAUUUCCUUCUUCCUAGCAUAUUUAAUUCAGUACAGAAUUUCGAGGAAUGGUUCAAUGCACCCUUUGCAGACAAAUGCGAAGUAACUCUUACUGAUGAAGAAGAGCUCUUGAUUAUUCGUCGAUUACAUCAAGUUAUAAGGCCUUUCCUUCUUAGAAGGAAGAAGGAUGAAGUGGAAAAAUAUCUUCCUGGGAAAACACAAGUUAUACUAAAAUGUGAUUUAUCUGCUUGGCAGAAAGCUUAUUAUCAGCAGAUCACUGACAUUGGAAGGGUUGGACUAGAAUCUGGCAUAAAGUCAAAGAGCCUUCAGAACUUGUCGAUGCAACUUAGGAAGUGCUGUAAUCAUCCUUACCUUUUUGUAGGAGAUUAUAACAUGUGGCAAAAGGAGGAAAUUGUCAGGGCAUCAGGAAAGUUCGAGUUGCUCGAUCGUUUACUUCCAAAACUGCAGAAAUCUGGUCACAGAGUUCUCCUUUUCUCACAGAUGACUCGUCUUAUUGAUAUCUUAGAGAUUUAUUUGCAGUUACAUGGUUUUAAAUACCUUAGGCUUGAUGGGUCGACUAAGACAGAUGAUAGAGGAAUGUUUCUCAAACAGUUCAAUGCACCAAACUCUCCAUAUUUUAUGUUUCUUUUGAGCACUCGAGCUGGUGGGCUUGGAUUAAACUUACAGUCUGCAGAUACUGUUAUAAUUUUUGACAGUGAUUGGAACCCCCAGAUGGACCAACAAGCAGAAGAUCGAGCACAUCGAAUCGGCCAGAAGAAGGAAGUCCGUGUCUUUGUCUUGGUCAGCGUUGGAUCAAUCGAGGAGGAAAUCCUGGAACGUGCAAAGCAGAAGAUGGGUAUAGAUGCAAAAGUGAUCCAGGCAGGGUUGUUUAAUACUACGUCCACUGCGCAGGACAGGCGAGUGAUGUUGCAGGAGAUCAUGCGGCGUGGCACAAACUCGCUGGGAACUGAUGUGCCAAGUGAGACAGAGAUCAACCGCCUUGCAGCAAGAACCGAAGAGGAAUUCUGGCUGUUUGAGAAGGUGGACGAAGAGAGACGACAAAAGGAAAGGUAUAAAUCAAGGCUGAUGGAAGAAAAGGAGGUGCCCGAUUGGGUAUAUCAUAAAACAAAUCAAGAAAAAACCAAAGAGAGUAUUGGCGUGGAUACACGAAGCGGUGAGGUCACUGGGAAGAGACGGCGUAAGGAGGUUAUUUAUACUGAUUUAUUGAGUGAUGUCCAGUGGAUGAAAGCUGUGGAAGACGGAGGAGACUUGUCAAAGUUAUCAUCUGCAGGAAAAAGGAGCAGGUUCCUGUUUGGUACACAUGAAUCUGGCGAACAGCCAUCUGAAUCUGACGAAGUGGUAGGGCAAAAUAUGACCAAGGAAAAGAAUAUGGACUCCAUGGUUUCUGUGGGUGUCAGCGAUGAUUCAAGCAAAAAACCAGUAAAAUACCAAUCUGGAAAUUUACCUGACAACAAAGAUGAAGAAGGGGAUGCCGGCGGUUGGCAGGAGAAGAUCAUUACAUGGAGGUCUCACAAGAGAAAACGCUCGAGCCAUGGUGUCUCAAGUUCAGCAUCUGACAUAUAAGGAUAAUAGAACUUUAUCCCGGUUGAAUUUGGCUUAGAUCAGUUAGAAGACAUAGUCAAACAGUAAGAAGUUAGUGUUUAUUGUUCUAGUAGCCUAGUGGUGUGUGUAUACUUUCUUUGUUGUUCUAUGAGCUUAGGAGGAGCACUGUGCAAGCCGAGGCAGUUUAUGGUAAAUCAACCUCUGCAUGUAAAUUAGGGAUUCAUGUAGUCAGCUGUCAUUGCUGCAUUGUAUGUGAGAUAAUUAGGUGUUCUGGUCAUGAAACAUAGGU